AUGACCUCUCAGUUCCAGGCAUUUUCUUCAAAAGAGGUGGUGCAGGUUGAUGGUCUGGACUUGUUUUAUCAGGUGAAAGAACCAAUUCAGAAACCAGAGCCAGAAGAAUCAUUAAGAGUUAUAAGUGGCUCGGGAAGAGUCUCCUAUGUAAAAGCUAUUGAUAUUUGGAUGGCUGUGUGUCUUCUCUUUGUCUUUGCUGCUUUGCUGGAAUAUGCAGCAGUCAACUUUGUUUCACGGCAGCACAAAGAAUUUCUGAGGCUUCGAAGAAGGCAAAGAAGACAAAACAAGGAAGAUGAAGUUGCACGUGACAGUCGAUUCAAUUUCAGUGGCUAUGGUAUGGGUCACUGCCUCCAAGUCAAAGAUGGCACAGCAGUUAAGGCUACUCCACCCAACCCACCUCCUGCACCACCAAAGGAUUCAGAUUCCAUCAAAAAGAAGUUUGUUGACCGUGCAAAAAGGAUUGAUACAAUAUCCCGUGCUGCAUUCCCACUCGCGUUCCUCAUUUUCAACAUCUUUUACUGGAUUACAUACAAAAUUAUACGGCAUGAGGACAUUCACAAGAAAUAA